CCUAAAAAUACUUUGUGGUGCCCAAUUUGAAUUAUAAUCAAUGACUAGUUUGGAUGAUGUUGUUACUCAAAAGUCUUUCAAGUAUUUGGAAGAAAUAGAGACUAUAGGUCAGCAAAUAUUGACUUUAAAAGAUCAAAAAAUCAAAAUAGCCAAUGCCCAAAACAAAGCUAGAGAAGCUUAUCGAGCGUUGGAAUUAAGUGAGGACCGGUAUUCUUGGAUGCAAUUUGGAUUGGUGCAAAUUCAAAGACCCACUGAGGAGUGCAAAUCAAUUUUAAAAGCUGAAAUAGCUAAAGCUGACAUAGACCUCAAAAACUUGCAUGAGGAGAUCAAGCAAAAUGUUCACCAAAUGAGAGAUUUGGAGCAUCAACCUCGAUUGGAGGGAUUUGACCUGAAACCAAUUUCUGUAGCAGAAGCGAAGGCUUUACACAGAGGAUUUGGUUUGGACAAAUAG